AAUGUGUCUCCACAAUGAGUCAAUUAUUUCAACAUUAUUAAGAAAAAAUAAAAGACAUAUCUAUGACAAAGAAAGUUUUGAUAUUUUAUCAAAGUUGCUUAAAAAUCAUCCUGAUGCUGGGUUUAUUGAUAUUGGUGCCAACUUGGGCCCAUAUACUAUAUUUGUCUCUAAAUUAUAUCAAAGAAAUGUUGUGGCUGUUGAACCAUUCCCUCCAGUAAUUAAAAGAUUUCAAAAGUCCCUUCAGAUAAAUGGCUUAACUGGUUAUGUAACACUCAUCACCAAUCCUAUCACUGAAAGUAGAGGAACAAAAUUUUUUUAUCAAAAUAAGGCACAUGUUGGUGAGAAUAAACUUGCAGUUGAAUUUGAAAAAUCUGCUAGGCCUAUGUUGAAAAUGAACACAAUAGUUAUGGUUGAUUUGAUUGAAAUAAUACCAUUUCAAAGUGCUGCUAUAAAAAUUGAUGUGGAAGGUGAAGAGUCCAGAGCAUUCAACAAGGCUAGCCAGUUAAUCAGUAUAAGUAUAAAUAAUUAUGCCAAGUAUAUCUUUAGCCAGGCAUAG